ACGUGUAUACACGAGUGACGUGCUACUAAAAAAUAAAAAUCUCUCUCUCUAUCACUCCCCCCCUCUUCUUUCUCCUAAUCCUAAAACAAAAUACUCCAAUCUAUCCUAACCUAGGGUUCUUCGUACCUACAGAUCAAAUCUAAUUAAACUCCAAUUUCUCAAUUCCAUGAUUUUGUUCAAUCAAAUCAACUGCUAAAUUCCUAGCCUAGGGUUUUUGUACAGCCUGUUUCAAUGGCGAGUGUUGCGGAAGAUGAGUUGUUGGACUUGGAGAGUGAUCCAGAAGACGCGAAAUUAUCGCUAAAGAUGCGGAGAAGAGAAGCUAGUGACGAUGAAGAUGAUGACGAACAAGAAGAUGAUAAGGAGUCGUUGCGGCGGAGACUCGAUUCUAGAGUAUCGGAUAGGGAUAGUGUGUCUGAAGGUGCAGCUGCGGAGUACGAUGGCGAGGAGUCUGAUCAACUCGAUGAUGAUGAGGAGGUUGAGGUGAUUGAGUGUGAUGUGAAGGUUGGUGGAGCUGAAUUGGAUGUGGAUGGGGAGGAAUUAGAGUUUUCGAGGGCGAACGAGGCGGGUGAAGAGGAGAAGGAAGUGAUUGAUGGAGGGGAUUAUGUGGAGGAUGGUGAGGGUGGAGAGAAUGGCGGGGAUGGGAGGAAUGAGAAGGAGAAGAAGGAGAAUGAGCCGUUUGCGGUUCCGACUGCUGGGGCUUUUUACAUGCACGAUGAUCGGUUUCGUGAGAGUGGUGGACCUGGCGGCGGUGGUGGCGGCGGCCGUCAUAGGCGGAAUCCUGGUGCCAGAAAUUUGUGGGAAUCAAAGGAUGACAGAAAAUGGGGGCAUGACAAGUUCGAGGAGCUGACUACUCAAGAAACACACUAUGGAGAGGGAAGAAAGGCCUCUAGAGGUCGCAAUCGGGGUCGUGGGAAAAUUCAAGGCCAAGAACAUGGUUAUCCACGGGGUAACAGGCCUAAAACGUUCAGCAAUGACAGUCUGAACAACACACCCAACAAUCAGAAAAUUGCACCUAAGAAUCCAAACCUUGUACCCAAGGGUGUAAGAGGCAGAGGCCCUAGGAGAUAUCAAUCUAACUGGAGCGAGGUUCCUCCACAAAAUAAACAACAUGGGAAGUCGGGGGAGAGAGGUUCAUAUGCUACUCAUGCAAAAGUGUCAGAACGUACAUUGACCGCAGAAUCUGACACAAUUCCAGCUCAAAAACAUGUGUUCUCGAGUCUGAAUUCUGCUUCUCCUCCAUUUUAUCCCUCGGCUUCAUCAAGCAAUGAAACUAUUUCAGCACAGAAAAAGGAUCAAGCUGUCCCACUUCACCGGGAUCAGCAAACAUCUGUUAUUGAUGAGAGCUUCCCUAUGUCUGAAUCAAACACAAUGCGAGGAAAGGAUGUAACUGAUUUUAUUGGUAUAAACAAGCUUUACAUUGAUGAUCAGGCCCCAACACACAAUGGGAAGCCAUUGACCAAUUCUGCACAAUCUCCUCGUUCACGGGUUCAAGGAAAGGUUCAUUCUCAAAUGGGGAAGAUGAAUCACCAGUCAACUCCCCAGAACCAAGUUCACAGAAUCUCUAAUCAAUCUCAACAUCGUAACGGCCAGCAAGCUCCUUCUCAAACACGACAGGUUUCCUUGCGAAUUUCUGGGCGGCAGUUAGGACAGCGAACUCAAGCUUCCUCUUCGCCAGAUUCAGCUCUCACGGCUAAUUCAGUUGAAUAUAGGGAAACCAGAUCACCUCCGGAAACAAGUAAACCUAAUACCGUGUUAGUUGGAAAAGGAAAGAACAUUCAAGGUAAUGGGCGAGGCUCUUUUCCCUAUGGUGGGGCUCAGGUUAUUGGAGCUUCUGGAAAUUUGGGCAACACCCAUGGUGAUGUUAACUUUCCUGGAAUGCCGACUUUCUUGCCAGUUAUGCAAUUUGGUGGUCAACAUCCCGGUGGAAUUGGGGUUCCUGCUGUUGGUAUGGCAUUCCCGGGAUAUGUUAAUAAUCCGGGGUCAGGGAGUUCUGAAAUGACAUGGCUUCCGGUUUUGGCAGGGCCUGCAGGAGCCUUAGGCGCAUCAUAUAACUCUCCGUACCUUUCUGUUGAUGGUGGCUAUCAUGCUCGUCCUUCUGGCCAAGUUCCUUCCUUGGCUGCUGCUUCAAGCAAAGACAACGAUAUGAAUAACCCUGUUAAUGAUAUGAUGCCUUCUCGGAAACAAGAAUUUGCAAAUGAUGAGUUUGGUCAAAGACAAAACAAAGCUCGCAGAUAUACAGAGAUGAAGUUUGACCAGUGAAGGGCAUGGGUAGUUAAGAGCUGGACCUCUUCCAAGGUUUAUAAUUUAACUAUUGCUGUUGUUCCUGUUCCAAAUGUGGUUGGUGGUACUGUGUUGCAGGCCUUCUACCGGGCCCUUUGUAAUCAUCAGCAUCCUUUCUCGAUCACUUUGGGCUGUUAUACUUUCCAUGAAAUUUUAGGUAUGUACAAAACACCUGCUCAUGCUGUGGUAAACAGAAUAGUAGCAGUUUGACGGGUGGCAAUUCUUUGUUCAAGUUUGUGGUUUCUUGUGGCUUGGUAUUUCUAUUAUUGAAGUUUGUCAAAUUCAGUGCUGGCUUCAUAUUAUUAGAAUGGGAAACGUGGGAAAGAAAGCACUGUACUGUGCAGCUACUUUCUUUGAUACUUUCAAGAGUCGGUAUUUCCUUAUUAUUGAAAGUGGAUUAUUAGUUUAUUUUAGCUAGUCUUUGCUUAAUAUUGCUGUUUGCAUUGAGUUCCUAAGGAAUUUGGGGUAGUUUUAUUAUCUAGGAGACAGUACCUUCUUCCUAGAUAUCUUCAAGUGUUGAGCUGUUUUCUCCAAGUUAAUUUAUUUCUAUUGUUUUUUUU